AACACUUCAAUUCCGUCUGUACAAAUGCAAUUCGGUUAGUUCUAUCUGCAUCGGACGUGGCGCAACAGGAUUGAAACCGCCACAUCACUGAAACUCUUUUUUCAAAGUCUAAAAGUCUAAACGUCGAAGGUCAGGGCGUUUCGUUGAUCGUAAAAAAGGAGAGCAUUGAUUUCGAAUGGGAUGGAUUGAAGAAAAGAUGAAAUCUACUCAGAUUAGGCAAACGCUGUAUCAAGCCAUUAGCCUCGGAAUGGUUAUUGCAUCGGCACUGAUGAUAUGGAAAGGACUGAUUUGCAUUACUGGAAGCGAGUCGCCGAUUGUGGUCGUGCUCAGUGGGAGUAUGGAACCUGGUUUCAAACGAGGAGAUAUAUUGUUCCUAUACAUGAACAAAGAUCCUAUUCGUGCAGGAGAAAUCGUCGUCUUCAAUGAUGGACGUGAUGUUCCAAUUGUUCAUCGAGUGAUUGAGGUUCAUGAGCAGCAUGGUUCCAAAGAAGCUGAUAUACUCACAAAAGGAGAUGCUAAUGAUAUGGAUGACAGGAUUUUGUACACAUCUAGUCAACGUUGGUUGCAACAAAAAUACAUCAUGGGCAGAGCUGUUGGGUUCUUGCCUUACGUUGGCUGGGUGACAAUUAUCAUGACAGACAAGCCUAUAAUCAAGUACAUACUUUUAAGCGCAUUGGGAUUGCUGGUCAUAACCUCAAAGGAGCAAGGACAAGCUUAAGAUUUGAGACAUGAUUGUAAAACACCAAUUUCCUAUGCAGAAGUGAGAAGAGUGGGAAGCAAAAUCUAGACAUUAGACUUUCAUUUUUGUUAAAGAGAACCGGGAGAGAAGAUUUUCCCGGUACUAUAGUCCGUGGUUGUGUACGAAUGAUAAUAAUAAAUAUCACUAAUAUUAUUUUGGUACAAUAAUAAUAAAGAUAUGCUACAAUUUAUUUGCACAUUUGACAGUUGCAGCUAUAUAUAAAUUAGGAUAUUAUUGAAGUACUGGUUGAAAUCUGAUAUCAGAUGAGUAUUGUGAGGAACACUUUCCCAUGGAUAACUGAAUGAGUGAAUGGCAUAUUCUUGCAUAAAGCAGAUUUAAGCAUCAUAUUUGCUGUUCCAGAGGAGGGUUAGGGAUGUAUAAGUUUCCAAACCCUAUGGAAAGGGUCUCUCUUCUGUGGCAGAGCAAGAAAGUUUUGUCCAAGUUCCAACCUAUCCAAAAAUAAAGUAAUCAUGGCCUUUGAGGAACAUUAAGGGAAAUGUACUUCAAGCCUUCAGCAUUAGGGGUGUAAAUGAUUGAAGUAUUUGAUGAACAAUUUGUGAAUAUAUUCGAAUUCUGUUUGUUUAUUAAGUUUAAUAAAAAAACACAAACAACGAACAGAUCGACACCAUAAUAAAGUUCAUCAUGCUCAGUGUUUACACCCUUGGUCAACUCUAGUUGAACUCUGCUUAUGCUUGAACCAGAGAACUCAAUCAUCAAAUUCAGCAACAAGUACUCCUGUUCGACUCAAGCAUCAA